AUGCCCCAUGCCUCGCGUAUUCAGGAAUCCUCCUCGGCCCAGGAGAAAUCCGCCGAGCCACCUCUGACUGAGACCACUGCGCCGCAACCCGUCUCUCCGGUCUCGUCGCAGCGCCAAUCAUGGCAGCUGCCCAGACAGCUGCCCACGCACCCGACUGAGCGCCCGCCGGCUCCCGCGCGCCCGGAACCGACGCUCUCAAAACAUGCGACGCAUCUGUACACGGUGUCGUACCUGAUCUUCUUCUCGCUGAUGGGCACACUCGCGCGGCUGGGCCUGCAGGCUCUCACAUUCUACACGGGCGCGCCCGUGGUGACGGGGGUGCUGUGGGCGAAUGUAGCCGGUAGUCUUGUGAUGGGGUUCCUGGGGGAGGACCAGAACCUCUUCCGCGAAGAAUGGGGGGACGCGCCCGCGACGGACUCCAACACGGCAGCAGCAGCAGCAGAAGCAGAGCGUGCCAAGAACCACAAGGCCGUUAAAAAGACCAUCCCGCUGUACAUCGGCCUGACGACCGGGUUCUGCGGCUGCUGCACCUCGUUCUCGUCGUUUAUGCGCGACGUGUUCCUCGCCCUGGCUAAUGCGCUGCCGGACCCGUCGCUGGCCCCGGGAACGGGGAUUGCCUCGCGCAACGGCGGGUACAGCUUCAUGGCCCUGGUGGCUGUGAUCCUGCUGACCGUGUCGCUAAGCCUGUCGGCACUGAUCUUCGGCGCGCACCUCGCCCUUGCACUUGGCCGUGUCACCCCGGUGGUCCCCUUUUCAUUCACCCGCCGCGUGCUGGACCGCGGCAUGGUCGUGCUGGCCUGGGGUUGCUGGCUCGGUGCCGUGUUUCUAGCCAUCUGGCCGCCGGACCGGCACACAGGGCCCGACACCUGGCGCGGGCGCGCGGUGUUCGCGCUGGUGUUCGCGCCGCCGGGCUGUCUGUUACGUUAUUAUCUGUCGCUGUUUCUCAACGGCCGUCUGCCGGCUUUCCCGCUGGGGACCUUUACUGUCAAUAUCAUUGGCACUAUUGUCGAGGGGUUCUGUUAUGACCUGCAGCAUGUGCGCGGGCUCGGCGCCGCGGUCCCUGCUGCGUUGACUGGCUGCCAGGUGCUGCAGGGCGUUAUGGAUGGGUUCUGUGGGAGCACUACUACCGUCAGCACUUGGGUGGUUGAGCUGAAUGGGCUGUCGCGGCGGCGCCAUGCGUAUCUCUAUGGCACUGUGAGUGUUGCUGUGGCGCUGGGGUUUUUGGUCGUGAUUAUGGGCUCGCUGCUGUGGACGCGCGGGUUUGCCAGUCCGGUGUGUGGAUAG